CUUCUUCUUGAAAAGCUUUUUUUGUUUUGUUUUGAGUGACGCGUAGAGAUGGGGAACACGUAUUGUCUCCUCGGUGGAUGUAUUGAUCAAGCGAGCGUCGGUGUGGUUGAACGUUGGGGUCGAUUCGAGCAUAUAGCUGAGCCAGGUUGUCAUUUCUUUAACCCUCUCGCUGGUCAAUGGCUUGCCGGAGUUUUAUCCACUAGGAUCAAUUCUCUUGAUGUCAAGAUUGAAACCAAAACUAAGGAUAAUGUGUUUGUGCAGCUGGUUUGUUCGAUUCAGUACCGUGUAGUGAAAGCUAGUGCUGAUGAUGCGUUUUAUGAGCUUCAAAACCCUAAAGAGCAGAUCCAAGCUUAUGUCUUUGAUGUGGUUAGAGCUUUGGUCCCAAUGAUGACGCUAGAUGCUCUUUUUGAACAAAAGGGUGAAGUUGCCAAGUCUGUUCUUGAGGAGCUUGAGAAGGUGAUGGGUGCUUAUGGAUACAGCAUUGAGCACAUUCUAAUGGUUGACAUUCUUCCUGAUCCUUCUGUGCGCAAGGCUAUGAACGAAAUCAAUGCAGCCCAAAGGCUCCAGCUCGCGAGUGUUUACAAAGGAGAAGCAGAGAAGAUUCUCCAAGUGAAGAGAGCUGAAGCAGAAGCGGAAGCCAAAUACUUAGGCGGUGUCGGAGUGGCUAGACAGAGGCAGGCAAUCACGGACGGAUUGAGGGAGAACAUAUUGAACUUCUCUGACAAAGUAGAAGGCACAUCAGCCAAAGAAGUGAUGGACUUGAUCAUGAUCACACAGUACUUUGACACUAUAAGAGACCUUGGAAAUUCCUCAAAGAACACAACAGUGUUUCUUCCUCACGGUCCAGGACAUGUGAGGGACAUCAGUGACCAGAUACGCAAUGGUAUGAUGGAGGCGGCUAGUGCUCAGGUUAGCGAAGUCUAAAGGAAGAUUCACUUUGGGGUUGUGAAUUGAGUUUGUUUCUUUGGCUUUCUCAGAUUAUGGUUUAAUUUAUGUUACACCAGUGUGACUUUGUUGGAUUUUGCCUCUCUUUAUUUUUUAUGGUUUUUAUGGUGGUAUUAUUGUUAUUGCAGUAUAUAUAAUAACCCAAAGUACUUGAACUCUUAUGAAGAGGAACAUAAGAAAGUUGAGCCGACGGGCGCCAUAUGUGGGUUUUAAUUC